CGUUCAAAAAUGCUCCUCAAAGCCCGCAUUUUUACUCUCUUUCUUUUCAAUAACCACCAAAACAGGAACAUGAAGAAUAAACACUCUUCAUUUGCCAUUUCACACUAGUUCGUUAUUGUUACAAUGGCUAAUCUGCUAGAAACUUACGCAUGUACUCCUUCUACAGAGCGUGGUCGUGGAAUUCUAAUCUCCGGUGAUCCCAAAUCCAAUUCCAUUCUAUACACCAAUGGAAGGUCUGUUAUAAUUCGGUAUCUUGAUAAGCCACUGCAAGUCCAUGUCUAUGGCGAGCAUGGCUACCCUGUCACAGUGGCUCGAUACUCUCCAAAUGGUGAGUGGAUUGCAUCUGCCGAUGCUUCAGGCACAAUUAGAAUUUGGGGGGUUCAUAACGAGUUCGUGUUACACAAGGAAUUUCGUGUCCUUUCGGGUCGGAUCGAUGAUUUGCAAUGGUCGCCUGAUCAAUUGAGGAUUGUUGCUUCAGGCGAUGGCAAGGGAAAGUCGCUAGUUCGCGCUUUUAUGUGGGAUUCAGGCAGUACUGUAGGGGAUUUUGAUGGACAUUCGAAGAGGGUCCUAAGUUGUGCAUUUAAACCAACAAGGCCUUUCCGAAUUGUUACUUGUGGAGAGGAUUUCAUUGUCAACUUUUAUGAAGGUCCACCAUUUAAGUUCAUGUUGUCUCACAGGGAGCAUUCCAAUUUUGUCAAUUGUGUUAGAUAUUCUCCAGAUGGUAGUAAAUGCAUUAGUGUAGGCUCAGACAAGAAGGGGAUCAUAUAUGAUGGGAAGACUGGGGAAAUAAUUGGGCACUUGUCGCAGGAAGAUGGUCAUACAUCUAGUAUAUAUGCUGUUAGUUGGAGUCCUGAUAGUAAACAGGUGCUUACUGUCUCAGCUGACAAGUCUGCAAAAGUAUGGGAAAUUUUAGACAAUGGUAGUGGUGGGAAAGUAGUAAAAACAUUGGCCUGCCCCACCUCUGGUGGAGUGGAUGACAUGCUGGUUGGAUGUCUCUGGCAAAAUGAUCAUCUUGUUAUUGUUUCACUUGGUGGCACAAUUCACUUAUUUUCUGCAACUGAUUUUGAUAAAGCCCCAGUAUCCUUCUCUGGACACAUGAAAAAUGUCAAUGCAUUAACUAUAGUCCAGAGUGACCCAAAGCUAAUUCUGACCAGCAGCUACGAUGGGCGGAUUCUGAAGUGGACUCAAGGUCAUGGGUAUAAUGGUAGAAUACAGAAGAAAGAUAAUGCACAAGUUAAAUGUCUGGCAGCUAUUGAACAAGAGAUUAUUAUGUCUGGAGUUGACAACAAGGUGCGUAGAGUUCUUUUAAAUGGAGAUGAAUGUGGAGAAACAGAAAUUGUUGAUAUUGGCAGUCAGCCUAAGGAUUUAAGCUUUGCUAUUGAUUCUCCUGGACUAGCUUUGGUUUCAACCGAUUCAGGAGUUGUCUUGCUUAAGGAUAUGAAAGUAGUGACAAAUAUUAAACUUGGGUUUACAGUGACAGCAUCUAUAAUUGCACCUGAUGGAAGUGAAGCAAUCGUGGGCGGCCAAGAUGGUAAAUUGCACAUGUAUUCGAUUUCUGGUGAUACUCUUACUGAGUUAGCAACCCUUGAGAAGCAUAGAGGUGCUAUUAGUGUUAUAAGGUAUUCGCCAGAUGUCUCUAUGUUUGCCUCAGGUGACCUAAAUCGUGAAGCUGUUGUUUGGGACAGAAGCUCCAAGGAGAUUAAGCUUAAUAACAUGUUAUACCACACUGCUCGUAUAAACUGUCUGGCAUGGUCUCCUACUAAUAACAUGGUGGCUACUGGAUCACUAGACACUUGUGUCAUCGUAUAUGAAAUUGGGAAGCCUGUUUCAAGCCGUAUAACCAUAAAAGGAGCUCACUUGGGCGGAGUUUAUGGCGUCGCAUUUACAGAUGACAGCACUGUUGUUAGCUCAGGGGAGGAUGCUUUUGUUCGUGUGUGGAGGUUAGCCCCACAGUGAAGGUGGAAUUAGUAUAUA